AUGUUUGUUAAAGAGUCGGCGGGCAUCGUUGGCGUCGCCGGGCGCGUGCCGGCGACCGGAUGUGCCACCGGCGACAUAAUGUGGCUUCUGGACGAGCCCAAUCAGCCUUAUGAAGAUUGCGAGCAGCUGCUCUGCUUCCGGUAUUACAAUGGCGAAGGCGACGACUGCGUUGCGGAGUCUUCUACACUACCUCCACGCUUUAAAGUCGAUCUCAAGAAGCUGCCCCUUCGCCUUAAAGAAGGCAUUUCAAGGAAACGCAGUGGUGGCCAAGUGUCACCAUUCUCGUAUAACAACGAGAGUUUUGAAAUGAAUUCCGAGAAUACACCAAGAGUGGAGCACGUAUCAGGCACCAGUCAAGACAUCAAGCAUCUCAGCGAGAAUGUUAACAAAUGCUCAAUUAGCGCUUUAGCAAGUAGCGCCAAUGAACUCCAACAAACAAAAUGUGAUCCUAGAAAAUCUCUUAAUAGUAACAUAAGCAAUGAAUCUCAAUCUGUAAAUAGUGAAUCUCUAUGUUCCGCAGAAAAUAAGCCUACCUCUUCGGGAGUAAAGAAAAAAUAUCCACCACCUGUCGACACAGGCGGCGGAUUAGCUUUAAAUGGUGUAAAGAAGAAAUCGAAAACUAAUAGCGGAUUCGAUUCGCCUACUUCGCCAGACACCGAGUAUUACAAAAUUUGGUCGCCAAAGAAUCCUUGCAAAAUAAUGAAAUUCGUAUAUGACGUGGAAGGUGCUAAUGUGCCAAAUGAAGCGGAAAAGUCUCCGGUACCUCCUUUACCACCGAGACAAUCGCAUAAACCACUGGAGAGAAAGCACGCAUUGUCUCCGCCGCAGGUACCGAGACAUAGAAAGCCAAAAAAAUUUACAAAACCCGAAGACGCAUUCACUUUUGAAUUAAUAGACACAGACGAACAAUUUUUCACAGAUAAAAACAUUAACCGUUCGUCAGCCUUACAAGGAGGAAUAUAUGACUUCAAGCCAGGAGAGUUUUUCUCUGGUAAUCAUGUAGCUAUGUCCACGUCAACAAGUUUUUGGAGGGAUGGCCAAAAUGCAGCUCCUUUAGCGACACCUGAGACUGAUGGCAGCUUAUGUGAAUCCACAAUUUCUUCCAUGAAAUUAUCUAAAUUAAAAGAGGAUAAAAGAACAGAUGAUGUACCUGAUGGUUCGUCUAGUGUAAGUAGAAAUAAAAUGUUGUUAAUUAAGGAUAUUGGGCCUGAUAAUUAUAUAUCAACAACGUUUGCUCGAAAAGACAAGACAAAUGUUGUGGCUGAUGCUGUAGAUGGAUUAAAUCCGACGCCAAACUAUGCCAAGUCUGAAGAAAAAGCUCAAAAUACGUUUUUGAACGAUAUCAGUAAUCAUUCGGAAUUCGAAGACGACAAUAGAAAUCAAAUCGAAGAGAAAGAGAUAACUAUUAUGAAAGGACAUAGGCCGCUUACUCGACAAAGCUCUGGCCGCGCUAGUACACCGACCAUGAUGACUGCUUUUUUAAACUCUUCACAUAUUGAUGGUUCAAAUAGACAGAUAGAUAAUAGUUCAAAUGCCCCUAGUUCCUGCAACUCUUCACAUUCAGCUUCUCCUGUUGAUGAAAUCAGCAAACCAUUUCCAAGCGUGGGUACGAUGAUUAUGAAUCGAAAAUACUCAUGUGACAAUUCAACGCCCAAACAUUCUAGUCUACCUCGACAUCUGCUUAAGAAUCUUGGCUGCGAAAGCACGCCUAAGCACUCGCCUCAUAAAACUACUAAUAACACUGAAAGUCCAAUGAGACCGCAUCCAAGAGUGCUGUCAAGAGUAGCGGCUUUGGCGGGAACUGCAACACCUCAAUGUCCACCGACACCCACCCAUCACGCUAGAAGGCCAAGGCCUAUUCCGCCACAAGAUUUGCACCCCCCACCGAUACAGAACUCUGAGAACUUCGAGAUGGUGGAAUUUACGAGUGAGCUAAGAACGUCGGAGAUUAGAUCUCCUAACCUUGAGUUUGUAAACAGCAAUCACUUCACGAUAGUGCAUGCUGGGCCUCCUGACGAUGUAGUGCUCCGGAGGCCACCGUCUGAUGACAACGAUGAUAAUGACAAUGCCGUUGCAUCUCCGAUGCCUUUAAGGCAUAUGGCUGGAAUCAGGUUACCAUCCAUACCAGAACGUGCUUCAAGACAAAUGGCAUUAACGGGUGAUUUUCCAGCUAAUAUGAUUGGUGGGAUCAUCGAGUGUGAGGAACCCUUGCCUGCAGGCUGGGAAGCGCGUAUGGACAGUCAUGGACGCGUGUUUUACAUUGACCAUAUCAACAGGACGACUACUUGGUCGCGGCCCUGUGCGAACGGGACCGCUUCUCGCUCCCCAGCACCCGAGGUGCAGAGGAGGCAACUCGACAGGAGAUACCAAUCGAUCCGACGCACGAUGACGCGCACGCAGCUGGGUGACGAGGCGGGCGCGCCGGCGGGCCCGUCGCAUGCGCCCCCCGCCGGCACCCCUGUGCCCCUUGCUGGCUCCCCUGUACCUUCCGCGGCUUCCCCCGCGCCCCCCGCGGCAGACCCCGCCGCGCCCUCGCAUUCCCCGCCGCCGCCCGCCGCGCCGCACCCCGCCGCAGAGUUCCUCGCGCGCCCGGAUUUCUACUCGAUACUACAUAUGAACGAGGAGGCAUCGGCGCUGUACAACGGCAACUCGACACUAAAGCACAUGAUCUCCAAGAUCCGGCGCGACACGUCGUCGUUCGAGCGAUACCAGCACAACCGCGACCUGGUGGCGCUCGUCAACAUGUUCGCCGAGGAGGACCGUGAACUGCCACUCGGCUGGGACACCAAGUUGGAUCGCAACGGGAAGGCGCCAACUCCACCCCCACGGCCGCCCCUCACGACAUCCGAUGCGCACGCGCACAAUUCUCAUCAAGAAGUACCUGUUGCGUAUAAUGACAAGGUGGUGGCGUUCCUGCGGCAGGCGAACAUCAUGUCGAUCCUGCGCGAGCGCUGCGGCGGCUGCGGCGGCGCCCUGCGCGACAAGGUGAACGCCGUGCGCGUGGAGGGCGCGCCCGCACUCGCACGCUACCAGAACGACCUGCAGCUCACCUGCCUGCUCAGUGCUAUGAAAUAA